UUAAUAUUACAUGUUUAAAGAAUGAAUAUACGGCCGUGGUGUGCUUGUAUAAGGAAUAGGAGGGAUAUGUUAAAAGGAUAGGAUAACGUCUGGGUUAGGGCUAUUUUCUGCUUCAAAAUGCCUGAUUGGACUCCUUAAAUGAACGUAGUAUGUCUUUCCAUUCACCCCAACUCCCUGAUGUAGGUGUACGCGAGCCACCUGAAUUACUAGAUUCGCCAUUUGCAUCUGCUUCCGGAGCUAAGUAUAAAUCUUGCUUUUGUAUAGAACGAUUAUCUUUCCGCUGGCUUGCCAGAAAUCGAAUUUCAAUACAUCUGGUAACCAGUGUAGUUGCAAACGUUAUCCGUAAGUCGCCCCUAAGUCGUCCUUUCAACCACACGAUACCAGCUAAUACUGCUUCAAACAAACUUGGUAUGUUCUAUAUGAAUUAUUCACGCGCAACAUAGCAUAACGGCGAUACUUGAAUUGUUUUUUUUUUUUUCAUUUCCAUCCAGUUUAUAUCCAUCCCUCCCUAUGGUCUGAACAUUUAACCUUAGUGCACCAA